AGUUAUGAGUCUUCUUUAGAUUGUCAAAGCGGUUCGAGGUCGAUCGCUGUGGGUGAUUUUAUUUUGAUAAUCGUUUGAGGAUGGCGCAGAAACCCUUCGCGUACGAUCUGUGCCUGGAGGAUCGCCUGGAGCAGCUGGUCAACAGCGAGUACACCGCGGACGUGUUCUUCAAGGUGGGCGAAGCCGGCGAGCCGAUGUUUGCCCACAAGAACGUAAUCACGACGGCCAGCGAGGUGCUGUACGCCCAACUCAACGGUCAGUUCCACGAUGCCAUCAGUAACAGCCGCGACAAUCCGAUCGCGGUCAAGGACAUCAGUCCGGUGGUAUUUUUGGAGAUUUUACGCUUCAUGUACUGCGAAAGGGUUAAUUUCACUGAUGAAAUCUUCGUGGAGUUGUACUAUGCCGCCAAGAAGUACCUGCUGUCCAAGUUGGUCGAUGUUUGCGACAAGUACAUCGAGGGUGAGAUCAAGGAGGAUAAUGUGCUGAAGAUCUUCAACGACAAUCGACGGUACGAGUUUGACGACAUCAAUACCGUCUGUUUGCGCGUGAUUUGCGACAACCCGUUGGAGUGUUUCGAGCAGGAACGGUUUCUGAAAAUGGAGAAAAGUUCGCUGAAGUUGAUACUGGAAAGUCCGAAGAUCAACUGCCUCGAAGACCAUCUGGAAAAUGCCACUCAAAGAUGGUUGGAGUGCAACGUAAACGGACAAACGACUUCCAAGGAUUUCUUAUAUUUGGCUGUGAGACGAAGCGGUCGGGAGUUGCUUUGUCAAAAAUUGUAUGCAUUUUCAGCGUUUCGCUAUGCUGAUGAAAUUUUGACGGAUAUGUUCGUCGAUGUUUAUCAGAGUUUCAAUUUGUACGGAUUCGGAAUUUUUAUUGGAACUAAAUCCAAAAACAUAAACGCAGUUAAUUUGUACGUGGAGAUCAUAGCUGAAGACGGCAAUCAUGAAUUAGAUGAGAAGAGGACAGUUCCAGUGAACGGAGAGUUGUAUGUAUUUGAAAUGUUUUUCAAAAAGAUAAUAUUGCAAAAAGAUAAUCGAUAUCAAAUUGUCGUUAAGUUGGAUGCAUAUGUAGAGCCACUCUCAGAAAUGUUUCAUCUAGAUUACUUUCAACCUGUUGGAAACACAUGGAAUACGCUGAUGAUGUUGACUUACACGACCGAUAUCAAGCAGAAUUGCUUGGCUCACAUGCUUUACAGUAAACAAUAAAUGGAAC